AUGAAACAACUGCUUUUGGAAUACAAUUAUUCGCAUGAUCAGUUGAAGGAAGAAACGAAGCGUUCAUUCCAAGAGCUGAACCUCGACCUCAUCAAUUUGGAUCAUGUGGAGAGUGAAGUUACUGCUAUUCUGUUGUCAAUCAAGCGACACACAAUCAAGAUGUUGUUGACUCUGUUCAAACGAAGUAAAGAAGAGAAGGCAAUUUUGAGCGGUGAUAUAAAACAAUUGUUUUACUACUAUCGUAAUGACGAAUCCAACGUUUCCAAUAGAAUCAACAUGAUCUCUUCAAAUGACGUACUUAACCGGUAUGAAUCGGGCUCUUUAGCGUUGUUAAAAGCACAGCAAAAGAUCCUGCAACAAUGUGUUCUGCACAUACACGACUCCUUUAGAAACUUGGUGGAACUACCUGAUGUCAAUUAUUCGUUUAAAGCAGAUACUGGUGAAGUGAUGUCAGAUAAUGAAAGCGUUCACACUCGGUCAUUCAAGGAAACAUAG